UGGAGUGAUUAUUUUGAACUGAACGAGAUAUUUACAAAUGAAGUUGGCGAUGAAUUCAACACUUAUUAUACACCACCUAAAGACACAGAAUCUCCAGUUUUCGUAUUUCACCAUGGCGCUGGGUCUUCAAGCUUAACUUUUGCACUACUAUGUAAAUCUAUCAGGGAAGAAAUGUCAAAAGCUGAUGAUUGCUCAAAAGUUGCUGGUGUGUUUGCAUUUGACAUUAGAGGGCAUGGCCAAACAAAAAUCAAAUCAAACCCAAACGAUUUUUCUUUGAAAUCGUUCACUAAUGACUUAAUAUUUGUUAUAAGGGAGCUCGUCAAGAGGAAUGACUUGAAAAAUUCACUUCUGAUGUUUGGUCAUAGUUUAGGUGGAGCAAUUUUGACAAAUGCAAUUACUCAAAUAAGAGACUUGGAUAUUAAAGGUUUGGGGAUGUUUGACAUCGUUGAGGAUACUGCAAUCCAUGCACUUGAUAGUAUGGGUAUAUAUUUACAAAAUCUUCCACGGAAUUUUGAUACUAUCUCUGACGCUAUUGAUUGGCAUAUGAAAAGUGGGCAUGUUAGAAACAAGGAGUCUGCUUUGAUCUCAGUUCCUUCCUAUUUUUACAAGGAUUCUGAAAGUGGUACUUAUAAAUGGAUAGCUGAUUUAAACAAGACCUCAAACUUUUGGCAUGAUUGGUUCAUUGGACUUUCUAAAAACUUUGUGAAUGCACCAACUUCUAAGUUAUUGAUCCUUGCUGGUACUGAUAAUUUGGAUAAAGAGUUAAUGAUUGGUCAAAUGCAAGGGAAAUACCAAUUGGUUGUGUUCCAAGACUCGGGACAUUUUAUACAAGAAGAUGCACCUACAAAGACUGCCAUCACAAUUAUUGAUUUCUGGAAAAGAAACGAUCGGAAACAAGUGGUUAUAAAAAGUACAUGGGGUACCAAAAAGUAA